CCUUUCUGCAUUGCUUUACACCCAAAUAGGACUAAUAAUUAUCGCUUAAUGAAAUCAUUAAAUUGGUACAGCUAGGGUUUUAUACCCCCCGCUCCACUCUUCUGCUCCUCUGUGUUCCUUCUCAGUCUUCCCCUUUUUCCUAUUCUCUUUCUUUUCUAAAAGAAACAAAGGAGAGGGCGCAGAGCGGCACGGAAAUAGGCAGUGUGUGCGCGGGGUGCGUGCUUGAUGGGUUUGCUUUAGUUCUUGGGCACUGUGACAGCGCGUGUCGUUGCGGUGAGUACGGUCACCGGCUCCUCCCAUGGCUUCGCCGCUAUGGCUCCGCCUCGUCGCCGGAGCACUCUUGCUGCUGGCCUCCCUCCCCGGCGGGGCCCCAGAUCUGGCGUCCGACGCCGCGGCGCUCCUCGCAUUCCGCGCUGCCGUCGGCCGGUACGCGCUGACCACGUGGAACUCCUCCGCUCCCGGGGCGCCCUGCUCCUGGCUGGGGGUCUCGUGCGAGUCCGGCCGAGUCAACGUGCUCCGCCUCCCCGGGGCCGGCCUCAUUGGACAGAUCCCUGCCGCCGUCGGUAACCUCACCGCCUUACGGACCCUCAGCCUCCGCUUCAACGUCCUCUCCGGUCCUCUCCCCUCGGAGCUCGCCGGCCUUGCCGAGCUCCGCAACCUCUACCUCCAGGGAAACCGCCUCUCCGGCGAGAUCCCGGCCUUCCUCUCCUCCUUGAAGAACCUCGUCCGCCUAAAUCUUGCCGGCAACCAGUUCACUGGCGGGAUCCCUCUGGGGCUCAACAACCUCUCUCGGCUUGGUACGCUUUACCUCGAGAACAAUCGGCUCACCGGCGAGAUUCCGGCCCUCGACUUCGCCAACCUGGUCCAGUUCAACGUGUCCUACAACCAGCUCAACGGAUCCAUACCGGCCAAGCUCCGCUCGCAGCCGGCAACGGCGUUCCUGGCCACGGGUCUCUGCGGUGGCCCCCUCGGGCUGUGCCCCGGCGAGAUCGCGCCGUCCCCAUCGCCGGAGGGUUCCGGCUCCGUGAAUCCCACUGGAGGGGCUGAGAGCAACCACAAGAAGAAGAAACUCUCCGGCGGGGCGAUCGCCGGGAUCGCGAUCGGGGCCGUAGCCUUCUUGCUGAUCGCGCUCGUCGUGCUGAUCCUUCUCUGCCGCGGGAGGAAGUCGCAGUCGUCGGCCGUGGGCGGGAAGCAGAUGGAGAUGGGGGCGGCAGCAGAGCAGAGGGACAACGGUCUAGGCGCAGGUGGAGCGAACGUGAACGGUGGGUCGGUGGCUCCGGCGGCGGCCGCGGGCAAGGCCGUGGCGACCGCCGCUGCCUCAGCCGGGGCCAAGAAGCUGGUGUUCUUCGGGGGAGGGCCGAGGGCGUUCGACCUGGAGGACCUGCUGCGGGCGUCGGCGGAGGUGCUGGGGAAGGGCACGUUCGGGACGGCGUACAAGGCGGUGCUCGAGACGGGGGUGACGGUGGCGGUGAAGCGGCUCAAGGACGUGAACUUGGAGGAGAGGGAGUUCAAGGAGAAGAUCGAGACCAUCGGCGCAAUGGACCACCCCAACCUGGUGCCCCUCGUGGCCUACUACUUCAACAAGGAUGAGAAGCUCCUGGUCUACGAUUACAUGCCAAUGGGCAGCCUCUCCGCCCUCUUGCACGGUAACAGAGGAUCCGGUCGAACACCUCUCAACUGGGAAACAAGAACGGGCAUCGCGCUCGCAGCUGCGCAGGGUAUCCAGUACAUCCACUCCACGGGCCCUUCCGCCUCACACGGCAACAUCAAGUCCUCCAACAUCCUCCUCACCAAGUCGUACGACGCCCGUGUGUCCGACCACGGCCUUGCCCUUCUCGCGGGCGCAACGUCCGCCCCUACCCGCGUCGCAGGAUACCGGGCUCCGGAGGUCACCGACCCCCGCAAGGUUUCCCAGAAGGCCGACGUGUACAGCUUCGGUGUCCUCCUCCUCGAGCUGCUCACGGGCAAAGCCCCUGCGCAGGCCCUUCUGAACGAGGAAGGCAUCGACCUCCCCCGAUGGGUGCAGUCGGUCGUGAAGGAGGAAUGGACCGCCGAGGUGUUCGACGUGGAGCUGCUGAGGUACCAGAACGUGGAGGAGGACAUGGUGCAGCUCCUGCAGCUCGCCAUCGACUGCGUGGCGCAGUAUCCGGACAAGCGGCCCUCGAUGCCCGAGGUGGUGGUCCGCAUCGACGAGAUCUCGAGGUCAAGCCCAGCUUCCUCCUACCGGGACCAGCAGAGCACUCCGCGGAGCGUCGGUGACGACCAGUCCUCCAAGCAGAACGACUCGACGGCCGGAUCGAAUCCUCCCGGUGCCGAUCUCUGAGUCACGCCGGGGAGCAACUACGAACUCGGAGGCCGCGUUCGAUCGAUCCCAAGCAUUAUUUCCCGUUCGUUUCUUGUGAUUAAGCAAAUUAUUACAACCUGUUUGUUCCAUUUCCUUUUCCCCGAUGUUGUUCCUCUUUCCAAGUUUUAGGAGGGUUGGACGCUGUGUGUAGGAUAGAUGACUGGUGUCAAGUCAAGUCCAUUCAUAGCGUUGCUUAUCACAUCUAUUAUUCUGUCUUUUUCUCUCAUGUAGGACUUGCAAUGGCUGCUGGUGGAUUGCUGAUGUGAGAGUCUUCCUCUUGCCCGGAAGAGCUGGAGAAGAUUACAUUCGAUGAUGGAAGGGUGGGUGGUUCCAUGCUCUUCCCAUGAGCUCAAUAAUGUAGUAGUUGUUGUGGGGAAUGAGCUGUGUGCCUGUCUUUAUAUAACAUUAAUUCUCUC